CUCUGUAGUUGCUGAUAAAGAGUGAUUUGCAGAGAGAAUGAAGGUCCAACGGUCAACCUUUUUCGCAGUCAACGUUAAAUUAAACCUUCAUCACUUUCACUCCUGUCAGGGAAUUGGUGUAUCAGAGCUCGAUUCUGUGACGAGAUUACUUGAUAGGAAAUGGGGAUUACAGAGUCCCGCAACUCCAAUUCAGCAAAUCAGUGUUUCUUCUGCUAAUAAAGGCACUUGUAAGGAGCUUUCCUUCUUGAACAACACUCGUCCACGUCUUGGAGAUGAAGUGGACUCAAAAGGAUCUUCUUUUUACAUUCUUAGAGAUGAUCUUUUACAUCCUCUUGUCAAUGGUAACAAAGCUAGAAAGCUUGAUGCUUUGUUACCACUUCUUCAGGAUCAUAAAGUCACUGACUUGGUUACAUGUGGAGGUUGUCAGAGUGCACAUACAGCUGCUGUUGCUGUUUCGUGUGCUGAGAGAGGUGUGAGAUCACAUUUGCUUCUCCGUGGAGAACAGCCUGAGGUUUUGACUGGUUAUAAUCUUGUUUCAACUAUGUAUGGAAACGUUGUGUAUGUUCCAAGAUCGAGGUAUGCUAAUAGAGAGGAAAUGUUGAGAACUCAUGCUGAUCUUGUCGCUGGGGAAGACGGUUCUGUCUUAUGGACUAAAGACCUUGAGGCUAUGGAUUGUUUUCCGAGCUCCAAAGCUUCUCCUAGAAAGGUUCUGAUCGUUAAUGAAGGCGCAGGAGAUGCUCUUGCCUUACUUGGUAUGUUCCGGUUAGUGAAGUAUUUGUCACAAGAUCAUUUACUUGGGAAGAAGAGAAGGGUCAAGUUUGUAGUUGAUUCUGGUACUGGAACAAGUGCUGUGGGGUUAGGAGUUGCAGCUAUGUCUUUAGGGCUUCCAUGGGAGAUCAAUGCAGUGAUGUUAGCUGAUACACUCGAAAACUAUAAGAGACAUCAAGAUCGCUUGUUAGAGGAAUUUACUAGGCAGUUUCUUCCCUCCAUCGUUUGUAGCAGCUUGGAUAUGAUCAAAUGGGUAGAACGUCAACGUCCAAGAAAAUUUGGGAAGGUCUUGGAAGGAGAAGUGGAGAUGUGUAGGAAGAUUGCGCAAGAGACUGGUGUUUUAGUGGAUCCAAUGUAUACAUUAGCUGCUUGGGAGACAGCAACGGAGCUUGUGGAGGACGAGGAAUCCAGCAUUGUAGUGAUGCUUCAUACUGGAGGCACUCUUGGGAUGUUUGGUCUUGCUCAAAGAUACAAAUCUUGCUUCACUAACUUGAAAGAUUAGGCUUUUGUAUCAUACCAUUUAGAAGACUUGAAGAGAUAUAAAUCUUAAGGUUUGGUUUGGUUUGGUUUAACUUUCUAACCCAACCUGAACUCUCUUCCUGAACCUCGUGGCAUUGAGAUUUCAAGUACAUUAUCUCUUAACCGAAAUCAUUUUGGC